GCUUUGUUACAAUAUUUACCUCCAAUUAUUUAUUUUUAUUCGCAUAAACCGCCAUCAAAGAAAGUUAAAUAAAAUGUCCAGUGAAAACCUAUUUGAAGAAGAUUUUUCCGAAGAAAUUAUUACAGAGUUGGAACAAGAGUAUGUAACCGAAUCUCUUAGCACAGAAAGAGAAGAAAUAAAUGAGGAAGCUGAACAUAAUGGGCCAGAGUCCAACAGUACCGAGGUUGAAACAAAUAAAGAUGUUCACAAGACGAAUUCAGCUACAAACGACCAGAAGCUAUUUCAAUUACCUCUAACACGCAUUCGCAAUAUUAUGAAGUUGGAUCCAGACUUGCAUAUAGCAUCCAAUGAAGCGGUAUUUUUAGUAACGCGUGCAACAGAAUUAUUCAUUGAAUCACUUGCACAGGAGUCCUACAACUUUACAGUUGAAGCAAAAAAGAAAACCAUACAGAAACGAGAUGUUGAUUUAGCAGUAGACGCUGUUGAUAGUCUUAUGUUUUUGGAUGGUGCGAUGACAUUUUAAUUGUCUGAAGUGAUUUUAUUAUUUUGUAAAUAACUAUGAUCCAAAUCUUUUGGUUGGAAAAAUAAAGCCUAAUUUUAUAUAUGCCA